UAUUCAUUUCAUUACCUCCGUUUUUACCACAUUAUUAGACAAUGGUUUAACUCCGUUUAAGCAUUUAAACGUUAAAAGCAUUGCACGUGUACGACGAUGUAAUACCUUUUUUUUUUUAACAGCCGAUGACGACGAAGUGAAAGACGAAGAACUUUGUUUGAUCGAUCUUACAAAGUUGGAAGAUGAUUAUCGAGAGGAUUCGCCGGAAGAGACCAACGCGAUCCCUUUAACCCAAUCGCAGUCUGAUUUUCCGUUUACAUCUCUUGCUCACUGGUCUCCCUUAACGCUGGAGGGUCCGUCAACGGCCAUUCCAGGCAGAGGAGAAGGCUUGAUUGCGCCAAAGACUCCAGACAUCGAAUCCUUGCUCCGUGGGGAAAUCAUCGAAAACGACGGUGAAUGUCCAACAGGCACCCGCUGCAACAAACGCAGGAGGAAGCGUAGAUGCGCCCGCCAGCUCGACAAACAUGAUAGAAACAGAAGAAGGCUGAAACAGUACUAUCGUAUACUGGCUCGCACUCUCAUGAAGAUGGCAGACAUGAUUUGAUACAUACUGGUUUGUUAUAUCUGUUCCAUUCGAAUUAUUUUUUCUUUUUUUUCUUUAGAGAAAUAUAAUGGGUGUAGUUCCAUCUGAAUUAGAUGUAGUUAUUGUAGAAGAUGAAGACGUUUGUAAUCAUCAUUUAGAUCCAAACAACCAGAUAGAAUGGGAACCAAACGAUGAUCCGUCUUUGCAAGAUGAUAUUAAUGUGUUAAAUUCAAACACAAACACACAAGCCUCUACACAGCAUCACGAGGUGUUGGGAGGGGCGACACCCUCGGGGGAAUGUUUGGAUUUUUCGGAGGUGGUGGGGGUCAUGCAGAACCAACCGUCAACGGCUGACCAAUCAAUUUCAAAUGAGACCCAGAGGGGUGAUGGGGUAAAUGUCUUGAGGAGGGAAACAUUCAACAAUAUACAACUAUCCAGCGUUUUAACUUUUCCUCAAAACAACGAUGUAACAGAUUACGCCACAUUUUACCGCGGAGUCUUGGGGAGCCUUAAAAAGCUGACACAGAUGGUAACUAAGGAAGCUAGACCCGACGAUAUCAUUCAAUUGGAGUUAUCCGGUGAAAGUGCAAAUCAACACACUUCAUUUACAUUUCGAAACGAUGCCGGGGCUGUGAUGAAUGCUUUUCAAGACGUGUUAGAUCUGUUGGUACAAUCAAACGUUGAAAUAUUGAACGAUGAAGAAAUACAGGUGAUGGUCCAGGUGAUACAUAACCCUCGAGGUGGUGUAAGAAGAAAAAUCGAAACCCUUUUGGAACAUGAAAUCCGCAGAAAAAAAGCUCGUUAUCUUUACAAUCCAUUAAACUCGAAUAAUCAACUAUGUUUUGCCAUUAGCCUAGCAAGUCUGUUACAUCCUGAAUUUACAGAUAACCAGGCUGUGGCGGAGGCUGAAAAAAUACAGAGAAAAGCGGGCUUAGACGAACAGACUUCCGUCACUUUCAGUCAUAUUCGUGAAUUUGAAAAAGUGGUACGUCGUAAAAUUGUCAUACUGUACAGAGAAGAGGGCCAACGACCCCUCUCACGGUUCGAGACGGAUUACCCCAAAUCAGAAAAUCCGUUGUAUCUGUAUUUAUCUCAGAAUCAUUACAGCGGUAUCAUUAACAUUAAAGGUUUUUUGUCAAAACCGUACGUUUGUCACUACUGUUACCAAGGGUACAACAAAUCCGACAGACACAAAUGCGACGGCUAUUGCUUGGUCUACACAGGGUAA